AUGACAUCAAAUAUUAUUUCUAAUUUUCUUUGUUUUGGUAAUCUUACAUCACAUCAUUCUUUAGAAUUUUUUUUGGAUUUUGUGUGUCCUUUUUCUAAGAAAUUGUUUAAGACGGUUUAUGAGGAAUUUUAUCCUUGGGUUAAAAAGAACAAGAAUGAUAUUAAAUUUAUUAUAUCUUUGCAAGUUCAACCAUGGCACCCCUCAAGUACAUUGGUUCAUGAAGCAGUUCUUGCAGUGUCUAAAUUAUCGGAAAAUCGGACAGUUGAUUUUAUCGCUGAGUUAUUUGAACAUCAAGAAGAGUAUUUUGAUACGGCAUUGGUGGAAGAGAGUCGCUUAAAUACAUAUAAACGUCUUUCUCUUUUAGCAGAGAAUGCAAUUAAUAUAGAUCGAAACAAAUUUUUGGAUCUAUUGCAUAUUGAAAAUGUUAAAGUAGGAGAAAAAGGAUAUAAUGUUGGCAAUAAGGUUACAACUGAUCUUAAGUUGCAUAUUAAGAAUGGAAGAAGUAGAAGUGUUCAUGUUUCUCCUACUGUUUUUUAUAACGGAGUUAUGAAUGAUUCUAUAUCAUCAAGUUGGACAUUUGAUAAUUGGAAAGAAUGGUAUAUGAAAGUUCUGGGAUGA